AUGGCCGGCGGCUUUGCCAAAAUAAUCCAGAGCCUUCGGAAAGUCCUGGAGCCCUUCAGCCUGUGCAAUGGGGUCGUCCUGGCCAAGAUGGGCCACCGCUUUGCCCCCGCCGUGGUCCCUCUGAAGAAGAUCUACGACCGUGAGCAAACGCGGUACAAGGCAGCCGGGCUUCACUUUCGGCACACAGAUAACAUCAACUACUGGCGCGAUGCCAUGAGCCACCUGGGGCUUCCCUCGAUCUUCCACCCGGAGACCACCGACAUCUAUGACAAGAAGAACAUGCCCCGGGUGGUCUACUGCAUCCAUGCGCUCAGCUUGUACCUCUUCAAGCUGGGGCUGGCUCCUCAGAUCCAGGACUUGUACGGGAAAGUGGACUUCACGGAGGAGGAGAUCAACAACAUGAAGCGGGAGCUGGAGAAGUACGGCCUGCAGCUGCCUGCCUUCAGCAAGAUUGGAGGCAUUUUGGCCAACGAGCUGUCGGUGGAUGAAGCAGCAGUCCACGCCGCGGUGCUGGCAAUCAACGAAGCGGUGGAUCGGGGGGUGGCGGCGCAGACAAUGGUGGCCCUCCGCAACCCCAGCGCAAUGCUUCUCAACCUGCGCGAGGUGCUGGCGGGCGCCUACCAGGAGGUGCUCCACCAGGCGAAGCUGGAGAAGGGCAGCAACGCCAGGAACAGGUACCUGCAGGUGAUCCCUGAGGGAGAGGACAUCUACGACCGGUGUCUGACCCAGGCUGAAAUCCAAGGGAAUGUCAACAAAGUGAACGUGCACGGAGCUCUGGAGGAGGUGGACGAUGCCCUGGAGAGACAGGACGCGCCGGCGCUGUACCGUGCACUGCAGGACCCCGUCCUGGCCUUGCGCUGCCUCCAGCGGGACAACCUCGACCGCUACUUGGAGCAGCUCAGCAUGGACCGGGAGCAGAAGGCGCUGGGUGAGCUGGUGCAGGAGGAGCUGUUCGUGGCUGUGGAGAUGCUUUCAGCCGUGGCGCUGGUUAACCGAGCCUUGGAUGCCAGGGACCCUGAUGGGCUCUGGAGCAGCCUGGUCAGCUCUGCCCUGGGCCUCUCGGGUGUUGAGGAUGCAAAUGUGCAGCGGUAUUUUGAGGACUUACUGCAGCUGAAAGGCCAAUCUAGGGAAGCAGGAGCUGAGUUCCUGAGCUGGAAUGACAUUCAGGACAGCGUGAACAACACCAAUUCAUCAGUGCAAGAUGAAAAUGACCGUGGCCUCAACACCGAGCACCUGAGCCGGGAGGAGAUCCAGUCGGUUGUCACCCGAGUGACCGCGAUGCACGACCGGGAGUGCCUGUGGGCAUCCAACGUCACCUUUGUGGUGAGGCUGCAGGCUCGGCUGCGCCGCCGGGAGUUCGCCGCACGAUGGCACAUCCUGCGGGAGCAGCGGCCGGCUGCCAUCAGGAUCCAGGCUUGUUGGAGAGGGUACAAGCAGCGCAGAGCUUACCUGGAGAGGCUGCGCUACCUGCAAGCCAACAGAUACGCUGCAAUAAAGAUCCAGGCAGGCGUGAGGAUGUGGCAGGCUCGGAGAAAGUACCAGGAGAGGCUGCGCUACUUCAGACAGAACAUCAAAUCUGUAAUUAAAAUCCAGGCUUUUGUGCGAGCUAACAAGGCCCGUGGGGAUUACAGGAUGCUGGCAGCUGCUCAGUUUUCCCCGUGGGCGUUCACGGCGGGGGCGCGGCCUGCUGCAGGCCCUGGCCGCGGGCCGCCCCCGCAGGUGCUGCGGCUGCAGGAGGAGGUGGUGAAGAGGAUCCGUGCCAGCCGGCAACUGGAGAGUGACCUGGACCUCAUGGAUAUCAAGAUCGGGCUGCUGGUCAAGAACAGGAUCACGCUGCAGGAGGUGGUCUCCCACUGCAAGAAGCUGACCAAGAAGAACAAGGAGCAGCUCUCAGAGAUGAUGUCCAUAGACAAGCAGAAGGGGCUCAAGUCGCUCAGCAGGGAGAAGCGGCAGAAGCUGGAGGCCUACCAGCAUCUCUUCUACCUCCUGCAGACACAGCCUGUGUACUUGGCCAGGCUGAUCUUCCAGAUGCCCCAGAACAAGUCCACCAAGUUCAUGGAGUCGGUGAUCUUUACACUUUACAACUAUGCGUCCAACCCACGUGAGGCUUACCUGCUGCUCCAGCUCUUCAAAGCAGCGCUGCAGGAGGAGAUCAGGUCCAAGGUGGACCAUGUCCAUGACAUCUUGACGGGGAACGCCACGGUGAUCCGGCUGGUGGUCAGCUUCUACCGCAACGCCCGUGGGCAGAAUGCCCUGCGGCAGAUCCUGGGUGGCCCGGUGCAGGAGGUCCUGCAGGACAAGACCCUCAGCAUCCGCACUAACCCUGUGGACAUCUACAAGGCGUGGAUCAACCAGACUGAGUCGCAGAGCGGGCAGAAAAGCAAGCUCCCGUACGAGGUCAGCCCUGAGCAGGCUCUCAGCCACCCCGAGGUCCAAAGGCGGCUGGAUAUUUCUAUCCGCAACCUCCUCGCAAUGACGGACAAGUUCGUUUCUGCCAUCACCUCUUCUGUAGACAAGAUCCCCUAUGGGAUGCGCUACGUGGCCAGAAUCCUGAGGACAUCCUUGGCUGAGAAAUUCCCCAAGGCCUCGGAGGAGGAGAUUGACAAGAUCGUGGGGAACCUCCUCUACUACCGCUUCAUGAACCCGGCAGUGGUGGCCCCUGACGGCUUUGACAUCGUGGACAUCUCGGCUGGGGUCACCUUGCAUCCUGACCACCGCCGCAACCUGGGCUCCAUCGCCAAAGUGCUGCAGCAUGCGGCUGCCCGCAAGGCCUUCGACGGGGAGAACAUGCACCUCUGUGGGGUGAACCAGUACCUGGAGGACACCCACAACAAGUUCAGGAGGUUCAUCUCUGCUGCCUGCUGUGUCCCUGAGCCAGAAGAGAGGUUUAAUGUGGACGAGUACUCAGAGAUGGUGGCGAUGGCCAAACCGGUCAUCUAUAUCACAGUGGGGGAGCUCAUCAACACGCACAAGCUCCUGCUCGAGCACCAGAACUCCAUCGCACCACACCACGGAGACCCCCUGCACGAGCUUCUGGAAGAUCUUGAUGAGCUUCCUACGGUCCAGUCCCUUGUUGGGGAGAGCGUUCCCAGCCUGGCGGACAGCAGUGCUGAGCAGGUGCUCUCCCAGCUCAGCAAAAUGGAGAUCUCCCUCACCCUCACUGGCAAGCUGGUGCCGGCGGCCGGCAGCGAGGAGAGCGACACGAGGAGCUUGCUGCUGAGCACCAAGCAGAUGCUGGUGGAUGUGAUCCAGUCCCAGCCAGGAGAUUCCCUCCCGGAGAUCCUGUGGACACUGGCCUCAGAGCACGAGGAAGCCUCCCACGACCAUCUCAUGCGCAGGCGAGCGCUGCGGGACGCCCAGACCCCUGCCAAGCUGAAACGCAACUGCUCCCUGGCUGCCAACAGCCAGCUGUCCAUGGAGGAGAAGAAGCGCAAGAUCAUCCGCAACCUGCGGCGCUUGGAGAGCCUGGGGCUCGUGGACUCUGCCCAUCAGUACCAGGAACUCAUCGACGAGCUGGCCAAGGACAUCCGCAACCAGAGGCGUUACCGGCAGCACCGCAAAGGGGAGCUCCUGAAGCUGAGACAGACCCUGCAGGGCCUCAACGCCAAGACCUUGUUUUACGAGGAGCAAAUUGAUUAUUACAACCAGUACAUCAAGACCUGCCUUGACAACCUGGCAGCCAGCAACAAGGUCAGCGGGAAGAACAAGAAGCUGCAGUCGCUGCACUACACGGCGGCCCGGCUGUUUGAGAAGGGGGUGCUGCUGGAGAUCGAGGACUUGCCACUCAGCCAGUUCAGGAAUGUGAUUUUCGACAUCAUCCCCUGCGAGGAAUCGGGCAGGUUCCAGGUGAAAGCCAAAUUCAUGGGGGUCGACAUGGAGCGGUUCCAGCUGCACUACCAGGACCUGCUGCAGCUGCAGUACGAGGGCGUAGCUGUCAUGAAGAUGUUUGAUAAGGCCAAGGUCAAUGUCAACCUGCUCAUUUUCCUCCUCAACAAGAAAUUCUUCAAGAAGUAA